CGAAACUUUGCUCUACUCGUUAUUGAGUCCCCACAUCUGCGCUUGUAGAGAUAUGGCUUUAGGUUUGUCGCCAGGGUCGUCUGCAGCAAAGGUGUUAUUAGCUAUCACUUGAAGAAAAGAAAAUCGUUCGAAGAAGAGCCAACACCAUGCAACCGACAAUAGGACCAGAGCAGGAAGAAAAGCAUGACGACGACGACCCUCGCUACGACGAUGCCGAUAUCUCUACAGCGCCCUUCGCCUCGCACACCGCCUAUGGCCGCGGCCUGUGGAAGAACCCUAUCGCCUUCGUUCCCGCCGCGCCUAAUGUCAAGCCUGCAGCCUCGAAUGCGGUAGAUGGGCAGUCGAUGGCGCAAAAGUACCUCGCCAUUGUGUUUCCCAACGGUCAACCGACGCCAAACGUGGACACAUACCCUCUCUGCGGCAUCUGCGGCGAGCCUGUCAAAGAAGUAGACCACCGCAUCCACUUCCUGAGUGCUGCGCACCAAGCCGCUCUACCACGAACGCCAACACCCUCAGCAAUCGAUCGCACUCGGAUGGGGCUGAAAUACAUGCAGAACUAUGGCUGGGACGUGGACGCUAGGAUGGGGCUGGGCGCGCGAGGCGACGGCAUGUUGUUUCCAAUCGUUCCGAAGGAGAAGAGAGACAAACUGGGGCUAGGCAUUGAUCAAAAGACCGAGGAGAGGAGGAAAGGGCUUAUGAAUGGAAGAGGAAUCGCAAAGCCUGGAGAGAUCAGGUUAGACGCUGGCAAGAUACAGAAGCUGGCAAAGGUGGAAAAGAGGAAGCAUGAUAAGUUGCAGAGGAUGUUCUACGGGAACGACGAAGUUGAGAAGUACCUGGGAGACCUGGGCCAGUGAUUGAACCUCUGAGAAGAGAACAGUAAAAGGGCUGGGAAAGUCAACUAUGUGGACUUGUACUUUACCUUCUAUGCAUGAGAGCGGCAUUGAUCGCCCCUACGAUACCCAAUAGAUCUAUGCAAUCUUUCUAUAGCACACCUCCUACCUCCAUACAUCUCAGUAAGCAAUAAUUGCCUUGGUCUCUUGCUGCAUUUUUACACGCCGACCAAUACAACGGCGUUGUUAUUACCACGGAUUUUCCCAUGG